AUGUCUUCCCCUUCCGCCAUGGCCUCCUCGGUCACCCUUCCCGUCGAAGAUGUCCAGGUCGUCGUUCCCGAGCUUUCUCUUACUCCUCCCGCCAGAGCCUUCUUCCCUCUGAGCAGCGCCAACUCCUCAACUCACACUCUCGUGGUUCCCGAGGCCGUACAACAGACUCAGAUUCCUGCCGCUCCCGCUCACGACGAUGACGACGAGGAGGACGACAUCGUCGUCCCGGACAAGAAGGGCAACCGAGCCUACCGCUACCUCCGCUGGAACUUCGGCUCGGUGUAUCGCCGCAUCUUCACCCUCGCCUUCCUCGCCAAUAUCGGUGCCCUCGUCUUCGUCAUCGCCUACUCUCUGGUCAGCCGCUCCUCUUACAUUCUGACCCCCCAGACAUGCGCCACGGCCGUUUCCGCCAACAUCCUCAUGGCCCUCUUCAUCCGCAACGAGCACACCGUCAAUGCCAUGUUCAAGGUCUUCGUCCUCUUCCCCGCCAAGGCACCUCUCUCCGUCCGCCGCGCCUUCGCAAAGGUGUACUCGUACGGCGGCAUCCACUCCGGCUGCGGCGUCGCCUCCUUCUUCUGGUUCGUCCUCUUCCUGAUCGUCCUCACGGUCCAGAUGGACCACCCGGACUCCGCCCUCCGCGCCUACAUCCUCCUCUGCAGUUACCUCAUCUGCGUCCUCCUCGGUCUCAUCAUCGGCUUCGCGCACCCCAAGGCCCGCGUCCUGCUGCACAACUGGUUCGAGGGCACUCACCGCUUCCUCGGCUGGUCCGUCGUCCUCCUCUUCUGGGCUCUCGUCAUGAUGCUCGCCGAGGACUACAGCAUCACCGCCAACAUCCCGUACGCCGCCUCCAUCGCCAUGACCCCCUCCUUCUGGAUGCUCAUCGUCAUCACCCUCCUGGUCGCGUACCCCUGGACCCGUCUCCGCCUCCGCGACGUCGAGGCCGAGGCCAUGUCCUCCCACGUCGUCAAGCUCAACUUCAACUACGCCGACGUCCACUACGGCCAGGCCAUCCGCCUCACCGACGCGCCCCUCCGCGAGACCCACGCCUUCGCCGUCAUCCCCAACCCCGCCGCCCCCGCCGAGGGCGAGCUCGAGAAGGGCCAGCAGGGCCUCAGCAACGCCGGGAAGAAGGGUUUCUCCGUCCUCGUCUCCAACGCCGGCGACUGGACCGACAAGAUCAUCAAGAACCCGCCCAAGAAGAUCUGGACCCGCGGCGUCCCGCAGUACGGCGUGCUCCGCGUCGCCGGCCUCUUCGAGCCCUGCAUCGUCAUCGCCACCGGCUCCGGCAUCGGCCCCUGCCUGAGCUUGUUUGUCCAGAAGCCCGACCACCCCGUCCGCAUCAUCUGGUCCACCCAACGUCCCGCUGAGACCUACGGACAAGCCGUGAUCGACACCAUCUACAAGGCCGACCCCAACGCCGUCAUCAUCGACACGAAGAAGACCGGGCGCCCCGACCUCGUGGCCAUCACCUACCGCAUCUGGGAAAGCAGUCGCCGCCAGGCCGGUAUCGCCAAGAUCGAGAACAGCGGCGGCAAGAAGAUGGGUCCCUGCGAGGCUGUCGUCAUCAUCUCCAACCAGAAGGUGACGAGGAAGGUUGUCUACGGCCUUGAGAGCAGAGGCAUCCCUGCUUACGGCGCCAUCUUCGACUCUUAG